AACACAUUCGUUAGAUCAAGCAUUAAAAUCUUAUUUGCUCCGACAAACGACAGCUCGUAGUAUCCAAGUCGUCCUUUCGCACCGCAACAGCGCCAGGACGAAAAAAGGCGCAGUCAGGGCCCAUAUUUGCUUCGGAGACGGGUCCCUCUCACAUUCUGAACAGCAAAAAGUCUGGAACGCCACAUCGUCUUCCUGCCCAAGCGCAUCCAGCAUGGCGUCCCCUGCAACGGUCCCUGCGCCCGUCCAGUCCCCAGGUACCGAUGCUCAAAGCGGCAUAUAUACACCACCGAGCAUUCCAUCGAGCUUCCGCGAGUCAUUCUCAGCAUGGCUUAAAUCGCGCCCAGCACGUGACGGUGCAGACGCAGAGAUACAUCUGUACAAGCGGCACACGCCGUACUUUAACGGCGCCACCGUCGGCAACGUGCGCAAUGGGCGGAUAGACCGCGUCUGGCGCGACACGUUCGGCAGCAAAGACGAGGCAAGCAGCGGGGACGAUGCGAGGCGCAGCAUUCCCAAUCGCAACGUGGACAAGGUCGAAAAGGAAAAGAUGGGCCUACGCGCUACGAUGGGUACCAGGCUCAACUCGACUGAUGGGAAAGUCGGGUUUGUGCAUCUUGUCGACAUUGACCGCGAUGUCCCUCCCACAAAUUCCACGCCUGUCUCGUCAUCUUCUUCAUCCACGUCAACCUCGUCUGCCUCGUCACCCACGGGAACCAUGACGCCGUCGGCCCCCAGCAGUGGCUUCCUCCAGUCGCUCUGGGCCAGCAAGGCGCCGCGGCAGAUCAACACGCUUGAGAUAGGCUCGCCACACGUUUCACCAGAUGCAACACCCGAAGAGUGGGCUAAAGAGCAAAAGGUCGUCUUGCUGCAUGGGUAUGGCGCAGGAACCUCCUUCUUCUUCCAGAAUAUCAAGGCGCUUGCAGAAUACACGCCAGCGGAAGGUGCCACUGGCGGCUAUACGUCUAGUCGCUUGUUCGCGCUCGAUUGGCUCGGCAUGGGGCGCAGCGCUCGGGUCCCAUUUCACGUGCCAAAGAAUGGCCUGCCUGGUGCUGACACUGGAGCUUACCUUGGCGCCGGCGAUCACGUAGUCGCUUCGAACAACUGCGAGCCAAACCUCUCUUCGUCGGCGUCGGCGUCGCGGUCAUCAUCCCCCUCUCCAGUCGGCACAGCAGGUGCAGAGGAAUCAGACAUCAUAAUAGCGCGUACGCUUGCCGCCGAGUCGUUUUUCAUCGACUCCCUUGAGAGCUGGCGCCAGGCGAUGCGCAUUGAGCGCAUGACCAUCAUCGGUCACUCGCUUGGCGGGUAUCUCAGCUUGGCGUACGCGCUCAAGUACCCGCAUCGCGUCGAGCGUGUCGUUUGUGUCAGUCCCGCAGGAAUUGGUUCUAACCCUAACGAGCCAAACGGCACAAGGGGUACAUUUGCGCCCAAGAACCUACAGGCGGCAUCGCGCGAAGACCUCACGCAAUCGCCUGCCAUCGGUUUGAAACAGAUGCAAGAGCAGCAGCAACAGGUGGAAGACGAAGGGAUAAAGGAGGCAAUAGCUGAGAUUACAGGCGAAGAUUCGAAGCGCAAGUCGAUCGCGUCUGCAAGGGCCGCCCUGGAGCAGGUGGGUGUGCAGGCUGUCAAUCGGCAGACCAUCGACGCCGCUGCUCCCUGCGCAACGACCGACUCCAAAGUCAACGCCAACGCAAGCCUGAAUGCCGGCGCCACCGGGAAUGCAACCGGAUCUGUGCCGGCAUCGGCAUCGACACUAGCCACAGAUCAAAAGCCGAGCCCGCCACCGCGCAUCGGCCGCCGCACGCGGGCGCUCUUCACAUGGCUAUGGGACCAGAACAUCUCGCCGUUCGCGCUGAUCCGCUCCUCGGCUUUCUUUGGGCCCAUGCUGACGGGCCGGUACACGCGCAGGCGUUUUGGUGCGCUGCAAGAAGAGGAUCUACGCGCGCUGCAUGCGUACAGCCAUGCUAUCUUCAGCUCAAAGGGAAGUAGCGAGUAUUGCUUGAGUUACAUCUUGGCGCCUGGAGCGUUCGCACGCUACCCGAUGCUCUACCGCCUCGCGCCCCUCCGCAUGCCCGUCUCCUUCAUCUACGGCCGGCGCGACUGGAUGGACGUCGCUGCUGGCCGCUUGGCAUGCCGCGCGCUCGCUGACGCUGGCAACAAAACCGGUUCCUGCUUUGUUGUCCCCGACGCGGGGCACCACGUCUACCUUGAUAAUCCCAAGGCGACGGAUACGCUGCUCAGUUGCAUUCUCAAGGGCGAGGUUGACGGACGCAUCUAGCGAGUGUGAAAGCAUAAACGUCCGCAUUACUUCGAUUUCCCCCCCAUGUGAUGAGGAAAACGUAUAUGAAACAGGUAAGGUACACGAAUAAAGUAGUUGACGAUGAAUAAUACAUCUCGCGCACCGCCACCAAAGAGUGCAACUCUACAACUUGGAAUCGGGCGGAUCCAAUUCCUCCAAUACCUGUAUUGCCACCUCUCUCCGAACUCUUUCGUACCUGU